AUGCGCAACAUAGACUAUGGCACACAAAUACCCGGGCUUUUAGUGAUAGAAGAUUUUGUUACCGAGGAAGAAGAGGUUGCCCUAGUUACUGAAGUUGAUAGCAGGACAUGGUGUGGUCUGGGUGUAAGCCCCAAUCCAGAGCUCAAACGAAGGACACAACAAUAUGGACAUUUAUUCAGCUAUCGUUACAGGAAAGUGUUGGAAAAGUAUGGUCCCCUGCCAGCAUUUACAGAUACCGUGGUUACUCGCAUAAUGGAAAACAAGCUCAUGCCCAAGGAACCUGAUCAUCUACUGGUGAAUGAAUACAAUGCUGGCCAAGGCAUUAUGCCUCAUACAGAUGCACCUGCUCUGUUCGGUCCUGCCAUCCUAUCCUUGUCAUUGUUAUCAGCCUGUGUGAUGAAGUUCACUCACGUGGAAACAGGAAAUUCAGUAGACAUCUUAUUACCUCGCCGAUCCAUACUAGUAAUGACAGGGGAUGCUAGGUAUCUUUAUAAGCACUCGAUCUCUAAAGAUUUGGUGGAAUCAUCGAGCGAAGGAGUUACUGUACAUAGAGAUAGACGGGUUUCCUUCACAUUUAGAGAAAUAAUUGCCUGGGAAGUACCUCCAGAGGAUCCUUCUUGUGGUUGCACUAAAUCAUGUAAUAAUAAAUGA